ACUACGUUUUUUACCGAGGCACUUAUCCGAGCGCAUUCAUUUCGCCUGAUAUUUAUGUGGCUGUUUGUUAAGUAUUUGUCCAAAAACCUAAUCUAGUCGAAACGAAAAUAGCUUAUUACCUGUGGACCCUUUUCAGUAUAAUUGAGCAUGGUCUCCAGCGAGUACAAACUGAACCAGGGGCCAGAAGAUGGCAUCACCGCUGUCAAGUUCAGCCCCAGCAACGGAAACUUCCUGCUGGUGUCCUCCUGGGACUGCACGGUCCGCCUCUACGACGUGGUGGCCAACACCAUGCGCAUGAAGUACCAACACACUGCACCGGUUCUGGAUUGUGCUUUUUAUGACCCGACGCAUGCUUGGAGUGGAGAUCUGGAUACAAAUUUAAAAAUGCACGACUUGAACACAGACCAAGAUACCAUAGUGGGAAAGCACGAUGCCCCCAUUCGCUGUGUGGAACACUGCCCGGAGGUGAAUGUCAUGGUGACGGGCAGCUGGGACCGGUCAGUCCGACUCUGGGAUCCGAGGGCGCCGUGCAACGCCGGCACCUUCACGCAACCGGAGAGGGUGUACACCAUGUCUGUGGCGGGCGACCGGCUGAUCGUCGGCACGGCGGGCAGACGUGUGCUGGUGUGGGACUUGAGGAACAUGGGCUACGUGCAGCAGAGGAGAGAGUCCAGUCUCAAGUUUCAGACCCGCUGCAUCCGAGCCUUCCCAAACAAGCAGGGCUACGUCUUGAGCUCCAUUGAGGGUCGUGUGGCCGUGGAGUACCUGGACCCGAGUCCGGAAGUCCAGAAGAAAAAGUACGCCUUCAAGUGCCACCGGCUGAAGGACGGUGUCGAGCAAGUCUACCCCGUCAACGCCAUCUCCUUUCACAGCGUGCACAACACCUUUGCAACAGGCGGUUCCGACGGCUUCGUCAACAUCUGGGACCCGUUCAACAAGAAGCGCCUGUGCCAGUUCCACCACUACCCGACCAGCAUCGCUUCGCUGGCCUUCAGCAGCGACGGCGGUCUGAUCGCCAUCGCUGCGUCCUACAUGCACGAGAUGGGCGACGUCGGGCACCCGGAAGACGCCGUCUUCAUCCGCCACGUCACUGACGCAGAGACCAAGCCCAAGUGAGUCCCCGUCCCUGCUGGCGACUUACUGUUUCGCUAUCCUGAUCUCUGCCUCUCCACUUUUCAAUAUCUAUAUUUGGUUGCCUCCAUU